CAUUUGAAGUAAUGACGCUCGUCUGGGAUAUUUACUAAUGGGAUUAUAGUGGUUCAUGGAGGACGAAAGACUCUGGGGGAUAUGCUGAUAAGGCCUAUCGGGUUUUUACCAGCUGUCGAGGAUGCUGUUGUACCUACCUACCUGUGGGGGCAACUACCUGUGGGGCAAAUGAGAGUUUCGAAGCGACCAAAUGCAACUUUAUUCCGAAAAUACAGUGGAGCACAUUCCAAUGUUUACCAAGGGGAAAUAGGCUUGAUUGGAGUCAUCAUCCUCUUGUUUGCUUAAUCUAAUUUGAUAAAUUUGUCCCUGAACGAUAUGAGGAGGCAAACGUUGAUGUGCGAUAGCCAGAGAAGUCAUUUUAUGUGAUGGAUUAUCGUCAGAAGAAGAAUUGUACUUUUUUCACUAUUGGAUUGAUAUUUCUGUUAAGUGGCAUUGAGUACGCUGUCAUCCUCCCUACAAUAUGGAGGUAUCUCCAGAUUUUGGAGGCACCUCCAUACUUCCUGGGUCUGGGCUUGUCUGCGUUCAGUCUGAGUGGGCUGCUGACGGGCCCACUGUUCGGCCUCUGGUCCGACCGGACCCGAACUACAAAGACCAUCAUCCUAUACUCCAACGUUUUUGAGAUUGUUGGUAGCUUCAUGUAUUUUAUGGGAUACUCAAAAUGGCUGCUGUUGUGCAGUCGACUUGUAGCAGGUAUUGGUGCAGGAGCAGGCUCCUCCAUCUUUGGCUUCCUCACACGGAGCACCCGGCCAGAGGAACGCGCUGGUGUUUUCGCUGCCAUCAUGGCAUGUCGCCAAGCUGGCCUCCUGAUUGGGCCAGCAUUCAAUUUGUUCCUGAGACUGUGCGACUUCCAGCUGGGGCCAUUUGUGGUGAACAACUACACCUCUCCCGGGAUCUUCAUGUGUCUGAUGUGGAUCCUGCUCCAGUUUGUAGUGCUGGCCCUGUACUGGGACAUACCACCUAUCAGCUCCGAAGAGGGGGGCAUCGCUGUGGGAGAGAUCGAAGAGGAGGAGCCGCUGGUAAGGGCAGAGGAGACACUGGAGACCUACGGCACUGUCUGGGACGACCAGAUAGAGACAACCCUUUCCUCAGAGAUACACCAUUUCCAGGACCCUUCACAGUGCCCUCCCUCGCCGCCUUCCUCUACCUCUUCCUCGUCCCAUCCUUCGACUAUCUCAAACCCCCUCACAAUUUUCAGUGCUAGUCAAGAGUUUCUGAGGGAGGAGGUGGUGGUGCUCCUCACUGCACAGUUCAUCACCCUCUUCAACCAGACAGCACUGGAGACCAUGGUGACACCUCUGACCCAGCGCUCUUUUGGCUUCGGAGAGCUUGCCAACAGCCUGAUGUACAGCCUGUGUGGCGUUGAGGUGAUCCUGGGCUUCUUCUUGGUGCGUGGGCUGAGUCGCCAGGUGGAAGACCGUGUGGUGCUGGCCGUGGGGCUGGUCAUCUGCAGUGUUGCCUGCGUCUGGUGCCUCAUCUUCCUGGCCAACCCCCAGGGCGGGUACUCCUGGGAGUUGGCAACGUUCAUCAUCGGAGUGUUCCUGCAGCUGCUCGGGCUUCCCUUCGUGGCCGUGUCCCAGGUGUCCCUCUUCUCCAAAGUCACUGCAGAGAAAACGCAAGGGUUCAGUCAAGGCGUGAGGCGCUCUGUUGGGGGGCUGGCUACUAUCCUGGGGCCUCUCUGGGCUGGAGGACUGACCGGUAACUUGUACCUGAUGCUUGGAGUGAUGCUGGCUCUUCUCCUCAUGAUCACAGUGAUGCUGAUACUAUCCUAUGAUCGCCUAGUCGAACCCAAAGUAGUGCAGCACGCCCAGAGCUCAGACAACGGAGAAUAGACAAGAGUCAUGUUCAGUAGGGAGAAAAUGUUUUGAAAUGGGGAGGCAUGACCUGAACUUGUCCAAUAAGAGCACAGCUUCUGGGUUUCCGUUGCAACGCAUAUUGCUACAGGUAUGCACUACUGAACACGUCCCUGCUGUCAACUUGAAUGACAACUGAAGCCCUAAUAAAAGGUCAAAGGUGAGGUGAUGUGACACAUAUAGUAUGUCUCCCAACUACUAUGAGAAGGUCAAUGAAUGCACAUUACAAUAAAGGUGGUGUGUGUCUAAACUCUGCAAUGCAGAAGAGAUCCAACCAAUGACCUAUAGGCUUAUCCAACCCACUUUAAAGCUCUGUGGAGUCUAUUUUACGUUCACACUUUAUUUGGAUAGUCCAGUCAUACUAUCAACAAAGUAUCUGUUGAUGAGCAACUUUUUAAAUGUUUUUUAUUUCACCUUUAUUUAACCAGGUAGGCUAGUUGAGAACAAGUUCUCAUUUGCAAAUGUGACCUGGCCAAGAUUAAGCAAAGCAGUUCGACACAUACAACAACACAGAGUUACACAUGGAAUAAACAAACAUACAAUCAAUAAUACAGUAGAAAAAUCUAUAUACAGCAUGUGCAUAUGAGGUAGGAUAAGAGAGGUAAGGCAAUAAAUACUGCUUGCUAAGGUUGUUGUUAUAGGGUUAGGUUUAGAAUAAGGGCUAAGGUUAGGGUUAGGGCUAUGGUUAAGAUUAGGGUUAGAAAUAGGUUCAGGGUUAGUAUAUAGUUAGUUGAAACGUCUGUAGAGCAUCUACAGAUGGACUAUUCAAAUAAAGUUUUACCCAUUUUCCUAUCCCAACAUGAAUAUUUGCACAUUUGAGCAAACUUCUUUGAAAUAUUGUUGCUUGUAGUGUUUCUGUAGUAGAUAGAAUAUUUAAUAUCUACCAAAAGACGUAUACAUAAAUAUAUAACAUGGUAUUACGGAUGUACACAAGGGGGCACCGUUGCUCUCUGUUUGAAUAUUUUGGAAUUAUGUAAUUGAUGUUGAAUAAAUCAAGUUUUCAAAACUGCUAUUUAUAGUGCACUUGUUGGUGGAGAACAUUUGUGUUUCCAUAUCUGAACUAUGUACCCAUGCUAGCUUCCUUUAAUCUUUCCUUUCCUUUCUUAUAAUAGAUCCCGUUGUGCCAGGAGGAGUGCCUUUCACCUCUCGUUUUUACCUCUCUCAUAUCAGUGCUUAUGUAGAUAGCUAUUCAAGAUAGCCAAGGGUAUAGGGAGGAAGGAAGAGAAUGGAAUAGCAAGUAGCAUUAGUAAUCAGGCAACCCAGAUGUACCGUAGAUCAGAAUACAUAACAAAAGACACUCAUUUGUGUUGCCUAUGUAGAGAGGAAGUGCAUAUUUCUAUCUGCAUUUUGGAUGCUUUAACAUGUGCUUUGUAAAGGACAUUUGUAAACCUUUACAAUGGUCAACAAACGAAAUAAUUUUACAUAUACAUUGGUAUUUACUCUAAAAUGUUUAGUAAUAAAAAAAUAAAAAAACAAGCAUCAUCAAUUAGGGGUGCUAUUGCAGUGAAAUACUGUUGGGGCGGCAGCGUAGCCUAGUGGUUAGAGCGUUGGACUAGUAACUGGAAGGUUGUGAGCUCAAACCCCCGAGCUGACAAGGUACAAAUGUGUCAUUCUGCCCCUGAACAGGCAGUUAACCCACUGUUCCCAGGCCGUCAUUGAAAAUAAGAAUAUGUUCUUAACUGACUUGCCUGUUUAAAUAAAGGUUAAAAAAAAUAAAAAAAUACCUAAUUUGUUUAAAGGGAUACGUCAGGAUUUUGGCAAGGAAGCCCUUUAUCUACUUCCCCAGAGUCAGAUGAACUUAUGGAUACCAUUUUUAUGUCUCCGAGUGCAGUGUGAAGGAAGUUGCUCACUAGCGUUAGCGCAAUUGCUAACUAGCGUUAGCGCAAUGACUUGACGUCUAUGGUAACUGCGAGCAAGCUAGUAGAUACUAUAGACUUCCAGUCGUUGCGCUAAUGCUAGUUAGCAUUGGCUCACUGAACUACUUCUAACUUCCUUCAUACUGGAUGCAGAUACGGUACAUAAAAAUGGUAUGCAUGAGUUCAUCUGACUCUGGAGAAAUAGAGUAUUGCCAAAAUCCCGAAAUAUCCCUUUAAUCAUUAGCUGUUCAAAAUGUGCCACUAGGGAGCACUGUGUGCUCUGCAGAACGCUUGGAGCACCAUCAAGGAUCUGUAGAUCCUGCUGUACACAAAUGCCCAUGUUCUCCCAUUUCCACUGUGUUAGGCCAUGCUAUCAGAUAAGGCUCGGUAACCUUUACAAUGUUCUAAUACUGCUAGCAUGGCGCGUUUAGCAUAUGUCAGGAGAGGUAUUCAUGAAAUGGGGAAACAAAGGCAAGCAUUAUACAACCAUGUGUUUACUGUAGGCCUAGUACAUCUAUGCCCUGCUCAGGACAUGCAAUGUUUUUUUUUACCUUUGAAUAAAGAUAAACUCUUGGUUUUAGAAAAAGCUAGCCUUGUCAACAACAUCAUGUUUUGUAAUUGUCACAUCAAUGCAUUUACCAUGGAACUUAGGCCUGUAUUCGAUCAAUUGCACGUAGAGGAAAAACUGCAGGUUCCAUCAGGAUGUAAUCACUGUAAUCAUCGAUUGGAGGUGUAAUUACCCGCAUUAAAAACAAACACACCCAACAAGCUGUUCCACUCUCAGACAUUAUCAUUGAACAUGGAUGCGAAACCAUACCUGCCCUUAAAGGGAUAGUUCACUGUUUCGAAGCUAAAACCAAAACAUGAACUAUCCCUUUAAAAUGUAUUAUAAACAUUAUGAGUGAACCUGCAGCGUAGUUUCCUUUUUUUAUUGAUUUGGGGCCUUAGUUUUAAACACAUAGAUCCAGUUAAUCCAGAAAUAAUUCAGGAACCCAGAUGAUAUGGUACUAUAUUUAACUUUUGUAGCCCUUUCCUGUGGUCAAAUGACCAAAUCGCCCUCUAGUGGCCUGAUGGGUGGAAUGUUAUUCAUAUUUUUCA